UCGUCGCCUUUGCAAUAUAAUAUAACCGACGCGCCGCUUCUCGCUCGAAUAUCUUUUUCUUCGCGCGUACAGUCUCGAAUCUUCGUUGUGCAUACACACAUUUCUGGCACUUUUUGUACGAAAAGCACGAUGAAACAACGCCAAGUACUGCCGAUUUUCCUGGCCGUUGUCGCGUCGGCCUCGUUGUCCAGUGAAUUUUUCGCGAACGCAGUCAACUCGCAUGGAUGCGAUCUCAAAUACAAGAAGCACGUGGAAGAUAGGCCGAACUUUUUCCUCAUGACCAACAGUCUGCCGGGCAUCUGUCACAUACAGCACGAGAACAGCUCGCAGACGAACUACCACGUGGACCGCAAGUACGCCGAGCAGAUCAGGCCCGAGUCGGUGGUGGGCGGCCUGAAUUACGACGCGCGCAACGGCACCCUCAUCUACUGGGCCAAGAUCGCCAACGUCGAUCACUCGCGCCUGUACAAGGUGCGGCUCAACGACACCAACUGGGAGUCGAUACUCGACCAGGACGACGACUUUCGCGACGUCGCCUACGACUGGGUCACGAAGAAUCUCUACAUCAUCAUGGGCGUGAGGAGCCUUAUGAUAGCCGUGAACGCCGAGAAUCCUUGGAACCCCACCGUGGUCAUUCACGACAGAUCGCAGCUGACGACCCUCGCCGUGCAUCCCAACAAGGGCUACCUGUUUUUCGUCGAGAAAAGCUUCUGGUACGGCGUGCAGAACAAAAUCUUACGAGCCCACCUGGACGGCUCGAACAUCGUCGAGUUCCAGCGUCCCAAGCAGGAGAGCCGCUACCACAUCGCCAGCAUGGUGGUGGACUUCCACGGCGACCGACUCUACUGGAGUCUGCCGGGCAAAAAUCGCAUACAGCACUCGAAUCUCGACGGCAAGGACGUGCGCACGAUCGGCGGCGUGCGGGUGUACUACGGCCAGUCGGAUCUGUCCUCCAAGACCAUCGCGAUCGACAAGCACUACGUGUACUACAAGGCGGCGGAGAGCAACACGGUGAGGCGCAUCGAGAAGUCGAGCGAGAUCCCGGACACGGAUUACGAGCUGGUGAACGACGAGGAGGCGCCCAUCACCGAGAUCGUCGCCGUCGCCUACAAGAGCCAGAAGAUACGCAAGGACCAUCCGUGCAAGGACAAUCGCGGCGGCUGCGAGAAGUACUGCUUCGCGGUGCCGAGCGGCGGAUCCGCCGACAGUCUGAGGCGAGUUUGCAAGUGCAGUUUUAACGACGUGCUGGACGCCGACGGCGCGAACUGCUCGAGAAAGCAGGCUUUCACCGUGUAGUGUAUGAGUGCUUCGUUUGUUUGUUUGUGUUCUUUUUUUUCUUAACUCGUCGACGUGUGUAGCGCGUAAUAUGUAUAGUAGGUUAGUGCGAGACUGUUGCAAGCUCGUGACGAUGAUCUUCGUUGGUUGUGUAAAAAUCCCAUGUCCUAUCUCCAAUGGUGAAAACAAAGUCACGUGUUGUACAAAAUAAUUGUUACUUUUAAGUCUGUGCAAAUGAACGUUUAACAAAUAGUAUAAUUCUGUAAAUACAUAAUCAAUUUGUAAAUAAAUACAAUUUAGUUAGCUCCCCGAAGCUUCA